CGUGAGCGCGGCCGCGCGGCGGGAUUGCCGGGCCGAGCGGCGGGCGCUCCAGUUCCGGGUCAGGCCUUCGCCCACCGGUCGGGGACUCCUCCACACCAUGGCGAGCGGUAGCGGCGCGGGCGCGGCGGCCUCGGCCAACCUGAACGCCGUGAGGGAGACCAUGGACGUUCUGCUUGAGAUUUCAAGAAUUUUGAAUACCGGUUUAGAUAUGGAAACGCUGUCUAUUUGUGUACGACUUUGUGAACAAGGAAUCAACCCGGAAGCCUUAUCAUCUGUUAUUAAGGAGCUUCGCAAGGGUACUGAGGCACUAAAGGCUGCUGAGAACACAAGCUGACUUCAGAGAAUUCCAGAUGAGAUAUGUCAAUCUUGGCAAGAAAAUAUGAAAAUUCCAUCGUAGUCAAGAUAUAAAAUGACAAUGCAGCAUGCUGCGUAGAAAAUGUUUUCUUUUUAAAAGAAUUGUAAAACUACAGCUGAGCAAGUCAGUGGGAAGUGGCUUGAGAGGGAACUAUCACGUGUGUUUACAUCACGUCUUGUUGCUAAUGCUGUCGCUUCUCUUCUCUAUGUGUUCCUUAUUUAUAGCUCUGCUAGCUGUGAGUCUCUCGACAGCAUCUAGCAGGUAUGAACAGCUGCUGGGCCUGGUGGAAGUUAGUGGGUCAUAUCAGAGUUGAUGCAUAAUAAUUAUGACUUGUUGACAUUUCCAUUAUAAACCUUAAUUUUGAAUUGUUUAAACAUAAAAACUGUGGCUGUAUAUUCCAUUGAGCUGCAAGUUGAUGGGAUUUGAGCUGCCAUAUGUGAAUUUUGCUUUUCUUGUUUCACAUCUCAAAAAUAGGAUCAAAGACAUGGCCUUUAAUCAUUUCCUUAACAGAAUAUUUAGUUUUUUUUACACAGUUUUUUGGCAGUUAAAGGUGAUUUAGUGGCAUAGCCCAUGCUCAUUUCCCCCCAUGCAGUCAGACCUGUUUUCCCAGGCUCCAAUUUUAUAGGAUCCUUUUCACAAACACACAAAAUGAAUUUAAAUAUAAGCAUAUGCUGUGCUUAUACAGUGAAGACCAAGACACCAUACUAAUAAAAAUGAGAGAUUAAUAUGUAGCUGAGUUUUAGUGUCGAGGCUCGCAUAGCUAAUUAGAGAAAGAGGCCCGUGGGGAUGAGAAUGUGUUGAGAGAAAAAAUAAAGAUUAUGAAUAAAUUUUAAGUCUCUUUUCCACAUAAAAAGAGCCCAUUGUUCUCAGUUGCCUCUGAUGGACCCAACGGGAAUAUCAGUGAUCUUUGUUCUUGUUGAACACGGAGAACCAUCAUGUAAAAGGAGCAAACAGCUGCUAAAUGAAAGCUGCUUUGGAAGUCUAGUGCUAGGACGUUGUGCGAGAGGAAGGGUGGCCAGGGAGAGCUCUCUGCACAGUUUCAUUUAAGCACUUGGAUAAACAUCGUCUCUACUUUCAUCUGCUUUACCUAAUAGAAAUGGGAAGAGUUUUGUCAAUCAAGUUAAGAAAGUAAGAAGAGGUAGGAAAGGAGAGACUUUGGCCUACACACAAAAGUGCUUUAAUGUCCUCCAGGUGGCUCAAGGCUGGGGUUCUACACAGAACUUGCACUAGGUUGUCAGUCAGGCCCACCUCUUAGGAAAAGCUGCUGUGGACCUAGCCAGGCAAGGCAACAACCAUUAGCAUGACUUCAGUAUAAAAAAAUUGACCUGUCACUUUGAUCAGUUUGGAAAGCUUUGAGAAUAUAUGUGGGUUUUUUUUGAAUUGGAUAUUUUAUUUACAUUUCAGAUGUUAUCCCCUUUCCUCAUUCCCCAUCCUUCCCAGGAACCCCCUAUCCUAUCCACCUUCCUCCUGCUUCUAUGAGGAUAUGCCCCCCUACUCCAACCUCUCCACCCUCGAAUUCCCCCACACUGGGCAUCCAGCCUUCACGGGACAAAGAAUCUCCUCUCGAACCUAUGCCUGACAAAGCCAUCCUCCCCUACAUAUACAGCUGGAGCAUUGGUUCCUUCCCUAUGUGCUCCCAGGCUGGUGGUUUAGACCCUGGGGAGCUCUGGUUGGUUGGUAUUGUUGCUCUCCUCAUGGGACCACCAACCCUUUCAGCUCCUUUAGUCUUCUCUCUCACUCCUCCAUUGGAAACCCCAUGAUCUGUUCAGUGGUUAGCUGUGAGCACCCAUCUCUGAAUAUGUCAGACUCUGGCAGACCUCUAAGGAGACAAAGACAGCUAUAUCAGGUUCCUGUCAGCAUGCACUUCCUGACAUCCACAUCAGCAUCUGCCUUUGGUGACAGCACAUGGGAUGGAUACCCAAGUGGACCGAUCUCUAGACGGCCCCUUCUUCAAUUUCUGUCUCACACUUUGUCUCCAUAUUUGCUCCCUUGAGUAUUUUGUUACUCCUUCUAAGAAGGACUGAAGCACCCAUACUUGGUCUUCCUUCUUCAUGAGCUUCAUGUGGUCUGUGAAUUGUAUCUUGGGUAUUGCAAGCUUCUGGGCUAAUAUCCACUUAUCAGUGAGUAAAUACCAUGUGUGUUCUUUUAUGAUUGGGUUACCUUAGGAUGAUAUUUUCUAGUUUCAUCCAUUUGCCUAAGAAUUUCUCGAAUUCAUUAUUUUUAAUAGCUGAGUAAUACUCCAUUGUAUAAAUGUACCACAUUUUUUUGUAUCCAUUCCUCUGUUGAAGGACAUCUGGGUUCUUUCUAGCUUCUGGCUAUUAUAAAUAAGGCUGCUAUGAACAUAUGUCCUUGUUAUAUGUUGGAGCAUCUUCUGGGGUAUAUGCAGGAGUGGUAUAGCUGGGUCCUCAGGUAAUGCUAUAUCCAAUUUUUUGAGGAACCGCCAGACUGAUCUCCAGAGUGGUUGCACCAUCUUGCAAUCCCACCAACGAUGGAGGAGUGUUCCUCUUUCUCCACAUCCUUGCCAGCAGGUUUUUAGCAGUUAACAUGGAUACCUACAUAGCCCAAGGUGGGAGAGUAUGUGGCCAAUAGUGCUGUCUCGUCUGGGAUUUCUCAAGUCCUGUCUCCUCUCUCAGUUUUUGUGUCAAGCUUUCCUGUUUCACUUAUGUGGCUCACAGCCAACAGUCCAUACUAGGAUGUUUCCCAUCAGACACUUCUUAGGAAAGGGCAUCUGAUUCUACUGAGCUCAACUCCUGAGCCAUCCAGGCUAUGAUCAGCCUGGCUCAUUAUCUGUGACUAAUACAAACUAGAUAGAGCACUAUUCUUAUCUUCAUACAAACUAGAUAGGUAGUCCUAUCUUCCCACUUCAGAUGUAAUCCUGUUGCUUUCUGUUUAGCCCACUUCAUGCAGUUCUUGUCUUGUACCACUCCUCACAGGCUAGCCAGGUAAAUAGAUUCUAGACAGAUACUGUGAGAAUAAAUUGUAAAAAUGAAAUUUUAGGUCUCAACAUGAAAGAUUCUUAGGUUCAGAGUUUUAAUUUACAUUCAAGUGUUAGCUGCCCCUGGGGUGCAUCCCAGGGACUUGAAAUAACAUUUCAAAAGAACAAAGGACCCAAGAUAGAGGCAAUAAAACACCUGGGUAAACCAAGAUACAGAUGUAAAUUGAGACUGAGAUACAGAUGUAAAUAGGGACAGAGAUUUGGGAAGGAAACUAAGCUUGAGAAUGGAUGUUAAAAUCAGCCUUUGUAGUUAUUAAGAGGUAAAACUGUCUUUAUGAGCCUUGUGAAUAUUGGUAUAUAAACGGCCUCAACUCUGAUUCAACAUUCUCUUUUGCCUGCAUACAAGAGAGUCCUGGUGCACCAGUAUCAAUAAACCUCAUGUUAUUACAACGA